UAUAUAUUCAUUUCUUGUGUUGUGUUGUGUGGUGCCACUGCCUCUGCCUCUGCCUCCGCCGCCGCCGCCGCCGACCAACCGGUUUCGUUGCCCCACCGCUCCUCCGGCACAAUCUCCCGCACCUCUCAUCUCUUUUGCGCGACUACGACGGACAGAUCGUAUGGAGUUGAAGCUAAAUGCCCUCUGCUUCCAGUCCCCAAAAUGCUCUCCUUUCGCCCUCCCUCCGCCGGCCAGCUUCAGAUCUCCCAAGUUUGUUAUGGCCUCCACUCUUCGCUCUGGCUCAAAGGAAUUCUCAUCAGAUAAGAAGCCAUUUUCUCCUCCUCGCGAGGUUCAUGUUCAAGUGACACACUCAAUGCCCCCUCAAAAAAUCGAGAUAUUCAAAUCUAUGGAAAAAUGGGCCGAGGAUAAUAUCCUGACGCAUCUUAAGUCAGUCGAGAAAAACUGGCAGCCUCAGGAUUUCCUGCCGGAUCCGGCAUCCGAUGGAUUUCACGAUCAGCUCAACGAAUUGCGAGCAAGAGCCAAGGAGAUCCCCGAUGAUUAUUUCAUCGUGCUAGUUGGGGAUAUGAUCACAGAAGAAGCCCUCCCGACGUAUCAAACUAUGCUUAAUACCUUAGAUGGCGUGCGAGACGAAACAGGGGCGAGCCCAACCCCUUGGGCGAUUUGGACGAGGGCAUGGACUGCAGAAGAAAACCGCCACGGGGACCUUUUGAAUAAAUAUCUUUACCUAUCGGGACGAGUGGACAUGAGACAGAUUGAAAAGACUAUACAGUAUUUAAUUGGAUCGGGAAUGGAUCCGAGGACCGAAAACAGCCCAUACCUCGGAUUCAUCUACACAUCGUUCCAAGAGAGAGCAACGUUCAUCUCGCACGGGAACACGGCGCGCCUCGCGAGGGAGCAUGGCGACUUGAAGCUGGCCCAAAUCUGCGGGACGAUCGCGUCGGACGAGAAGCGCCACGAGACAGCAUACACAAAGAUAGUCGAGAAGCUCUUCGAAAUCGAUCCGGACGGAACGAUGCUGUCCCUGGCCGACAUGAUGAGGAAGAAGAUCUCGAUGCCGGCCCACCUGAUGUACGACGGCCGCGACGACAACCUCUUCGAACACUUCUCUGCCGUUGCCCAGCGGCUGGGUGUAUACACCGCCCGCGACUAUGCAGACAUCCUCGAACACCUCGUCUUGCGGUGGAAAGUGGCGGACAUGACCGGACUGUCGGGGGAAGGGCAGAAAGCGCAGGACUAUGUGUGCGGGCUGCCCCCGAGAAUCCGGAGGCUCGAGGAACGGGCUCAGGCACGGGCCAAGCAAGGCCCGAGGAUCCCGUUUAGCUGGAUAUACGAUCGGGAGGUGCAGCUGUGAGCCUGAUGAUUGAUUCGGAUCGGGUUUUCGGUUUUGUUGGUCUUAUGUUGUCUUUCAGCUGCUGCUGUUUCGACUCUGAAGGUAAGAAAUAUAGAGAUGGGAGGAUGUUGUGAGGAGUGACAGAUACAUAUAUAUAUAUGUAUGUAUGUAUUUGUCUGUAGAUACUUACACCAGUUCAGUUCAGUUUGUGUUUUGUGUGUUUCGAAGGUUUUUGGUUGUCCAGAUUUGGAAGUCAAACUAUCCUCUCUCUCUCUCUAUCUUGUGUAAGAAAAUUUUGACUGCUGUUUUUGAUCUUCUUCUGUUUAAGCAUAUCUGGGUGAUUUUGUUUC